AUGGCUUCAGCCAUCUUCUUUCUCGACCUAAAGGGCAAAACCCUCCUCGCCCGAAACUAUCGUGGAGAUAUACCCAUGUCAGCCGUCGAAAAGUUCCCCAUCCUCCUCAGCGAAGCCGAAGAAGAGUCGUCGGCCGUCCCCCCUUGUUUCUCCCACGAGGGUAUCAACUACCUCUACAUCAGACACAAUAACCUCUAUCUACUCGCCCUGACGAAACGAAACACCAAUGCCGCCGAGAUUCUCCUUUUUCUCCACAAAAUUGUUGAGGUGUUUACCGAGUACUUCAAGGCGCUCGAGGAGGAGUCUAUUCGAGACAACUUUGUCAUUAUAUACGAGCUUCUCGACGAGAUGAUGGACUUUGGCUACCCCCAGACUACCGAAUCCAAGAUUCUGCAAGAGUACAUCACCCAGGAGUCGCACAAGCUCGAGAUUCAGGCUCGUCCGCCCAUUGCUGUCACCAACGCCGUGUCGUGGCGCUCCGAGGGUAUCCGUUACCGCAAAAACGAGGUGUUUCUGGAUGUUAUUGAAUCGCUCAACCUUCUUGUGUCAGCCAACGGCAAUGUGUUGCGAUCGGAAAUUCUGGGUGCCAUCAAGAUGAAGUGUUACUUGUCUGGCAUGCCCGAGCUGCGGCUGGGCCUCAACGACAAGGUCAUGUUCGAAAGCACGGGGCGGACGACGCGUGGCAAGGCCAUUGAGAUGGAGGAUGUCAAAUUUCACCAGUGUGUGCGUCUAUCGCGUUUCGAGAACGACCGCACCAUCAGCUUCAUCCCCCCUGACGGAGAAUUUGAGCUCAUGUCAUAUCGUCUCAACACCCAGGUCAAGCCGCUCAUCUGGGUCGAGUGCGUUGUCGAGUCGCAUAGUGGAUCGCGAAUAGAAUACAUGCUCAAGGCCAGGGCGCAAUUCAAGCGCCGCAGUACGGCGAACAACGUCGAGAUUAUUGUUCCGGUGCCCGACGACGCCGAUACACCACGCUUCCGAACCAACGUCGGAUCGGUGCACUAUGCGCCAGAGCAGAGUGCCAUCGUCUGGAAGAUCAAGCAGUUUGGUGGCGGCAAGGAGUUUCUCAUGCGUGCCGAGCUCGGCCUACCCAGUGUGCGAGGUGACGACGAGCAUGGCGGUGGCAUGACGGGUGGCUUCGGCGGGAGCAUGGGCGGCGUGGGAGCUCCUGGCAAGGGUGCCAAGCGACCCAUUCAGGUCAAGUUCGAGAUUCCCUACUUCACCACCAGCGGCAUCCAAGUGCGCUACCUCAAGAUCACAGAGCCCAAGCUUCAAUACCCAUCACUCCCAUGGGUGCGUUACAUCACGCAAUCGGGAGAUAUUGCUGUCAGACUACCAGAUGCCGUGUGA